CAAUUGGAUCUCAGGCCCCACUCUGUACUUGGGCCUUUGGACCAAUAUCAACCAGGGCCUUGCGGGCUUCAUCACGGUCCGUAAACGUUAAUAUUUUCAAGACAUUCAUUCCCCAUUUCUCCAUUCUCAGUCUCCCCCUGCAGGCAAUUCAUCUGAAGUGUCCACAGCAUCUCGGGGUUUUGAUUAAUAAAAUGCGUAAAUCUUCUUCGUCUCCAUUGGAAGAAUCUUCAAACUGAUUCAGCCGCCGGAUAGCUCGUUUCGUCGCCGCCGGUUCCACCAAGAUGAUAGGACGACAUUGGUUAGGCUUCUCCCUGGUGCUGCUAUGUCUUCUAUAUACUGCACAAGCCAGCCCUGGUGAUGCUCAUCCAGUUUACAGGAGCUGUGUGACAGUAUGUGAGAGAGAUGGCUGCGUUGGUGAAACCUGCUUUGCCCAGUGCAACUAUUCUUCUCAUGGUGCCUCUCAUGAUAGUCCAUGGUACACCCAAGAGCCGCUCUAUCAACGCUGGAAACAGUGGGGCUGUGAGAGUGAGUGCAGGUAUUUCUGCAUGCUUGCCAGAGAAGAAGAGAGAGCAAAACAAGGUUAUGGUCCACUCAAAUACCAUGGAAAAUGGCCCUUCAAACGUGUCUUCGGCAUUCAGGAAGUUGCCUCUGUGGCUUUCUCUGCACUGAACCUUUAUGCUCAUUUUCAUGGUUGGCUAUCAUUAAUCAUCCUUCUAUACUACAAGUUGCCCUUGAGAUAUGACAAGAAGACCUACUACGAAUACACCCCUUUGUGGCACAUCUAUGGACUCUUGUCAUGUAACUCCUGGUUCUGGAGCAUUAUUUUCCAUAGUCGAGAUGUUGACUUGACGGAGAAGCUAGACUACUCAUCCGCAGUAGCAUUGGUCGGAUACUCGCUUAUACUUUCCAUCCUAAGAAGCUUCAACAUUAAGGAAGAAGCUUCCAGAGUCAUGGUCGCAGCUCCACUACUCGCAUUUAUCACAACCCAUAUACUGUACCUCAACUUUUACAAGAUGGACUACGGAUGGAACAUCAUAGUCUGUGUCGCAAUGGGUAUCACCCAGCUUCUCACGUGGGCGAUUUGGGCAGGGGUGAGCCGCCAUCCGUCUCGAUGGAAGGUCUGGGUACCAGUGAUCGGAGGUGGGCUGGCGGUGCUGCUGGAGAUCUACGACUUCCCUCCAUACAAAGGCUACUUCGAUGCUCAUUCAAUUUGGCAUGCCACAACCAUUCCUCUCACAUACGUGUGGUGGAGCUUCGUUAGAGAUGAUGCCGAGCUCGCCACCUCAAACCUCCUGAAAAAGUCCAAGUAGCUUUCCUCAUUUCAUAGACUGACCCUGCUAGAGUCUUGAUGGUUUUCCAGAUCAACUAUGGUAGAGAGAAACAAAGAAAGGGCAUUUUUCAUUUAGUCAGCUCGAUCGUAACUGUUGUGUUGGUAAUUGAAAGGAAACACUGUUGUGCAUUGAUAGAAAAAGAAAGGCAACACUUCUUUCAUUUGUAUCGUAAUUCGUCAUUGUGAACGAUGUCUACUCAAGGUUGUAAUCGUUGUGAACGAUGUCUGCUUGUAAUCCAUUCUGCUGUUCAAAGCAACACAUCUCUACUCAAGGUUUGACGCAUCUCUUAUCAGUUUCCAAGUUCCAUAAAACUUGCUCAU